AUGGAGAGCUGCGCUGCGGUGGGCUCUCGGGAAGAACGAGCGUGGCUGUUCUCAGGCCAGGGACCCCUGCCAGCCACACCACCCGAGACUGCGUGGGACAGGAGCAUUGUCGCCCCCAGCAGGCUUGCAGCCUGGUGGCCCUGGACACACUGGCUUAGAAGGAUCCAGGCAGUGAUCCAACGACUCAAGGCCACUUGUCCACCCCUCUCCACCUUCUACUUCCUUUUUGUGAUCUUUGUCUUGUCCACCAUCUUCUACUGCCACCGGCGCCUGGCUCUGGUGCCUGACCCCUGGGCCUCUUCAGCCCUUGUGGUCUUAGCCCCAAGAAACCUGCCCCAGGAGGGCAUGUUCACCAUCAAUGCCAAAGGCCGCCUGGGGAACCAGAUGGGCGAGUACGCCACCCUGUUCGCACUGGCCAGGAUGAACGGAAAGCCCGCAUUCAUCCCCGCAUCCAUGCACAGCACCCUGGCGCCCAUCUUCAGGAUCAGCCUCCCGGUGUUGCACAGUGACACGGACAGAAAGAUCCCAUGGCACAACUACCACCUCAACGACUGGAUGGAGGAGCGGCACCGCCACAUCCCGGGACGCUAUGUGCGCCUCACAGGGUACCCGUGCUCCUGGACCUUCUACCACCACCUGCGCUCAGAGAUCCUGCAGGAGUUCACCCUGCACGACCAUGUGCGUGAGGAGGCCCAGACCUUCCUGCGUGGCCUGCGGGUGAAUGGGGGCCAGCCGAGUACAUUUGUGGGUGUCCAUGUGCGGCGGGGGGACUAUGUGCGUGUCAUGCCCAACGUUUGGAAGGGCGUGGUGGCUGACCGGGGUUACUUGGAACAGGCCCUGGACAGGUUCCGGGCACGCUAUCGGUCUCCGGUCUUUGUAGUCACCAGUGAUGACAUGGCCUGGUGCCGGAAGAGCAUCAGUAUCUCCCGAGGGGAUGUGUCGUUUGCUGGCAAUGGCCUUCAGGGAUCCCCCGCCAGGGACAUUGCACUGCUCAUGCAAUGCAACCACACCGUCAUCACCGUGGGCACCUUUGGGAUCUGGGCCGCCUACCUCACAGGUGGGGAUACUGUUUACCUGGCUAACUUUACUCAGCCCAACUCCCCCUUCCACAUGAUUUUCAAGCCACAAGCAGCCUACCUCCCCAACUGGGUAGGCAUCGCUGCUGACCUGCCACAGCCCAGCAGAGGAACCUCUAGAGCUUCUGGUUCCCCAGCCCCUGUUUCCCCAACCUCUGUGUUCCGCAGCCCCUGUUCCCCAGCCCCUGUUCCCCCAGCCCCUGUUCCCCCAGCCCCUGUUCCCCAGCUCCUGUUCCUUCAGUUCCUGUUCCUCCAGUUCCUGUUCCCCUAG